AUGAGUUUGAGAACGUGCGUGUAUGCAAUAGACCAGCUUUCCCCUGGAUCAAGCGAAUCCGGUGCUACAUCCAGGUCUUCCGUUCCAUCUCCAACUCCACCGCCAUCUGGACCAUUCAGCAGUCUUUUAACCCGGUCCAGAAGGCCAUCUCCUGGACCUUUGACGCCUCCUCGUGCUUUGAGCCAAGUUGGGACUGACGAUGCCGUCACCAACUUCACAGACGCAAACCUCUACCUUCACUUUCUGAACCAUACAUGCAAAUACGCUCCACGUUGGCACAAAGAUCGGAUAGUCUUGCAGAUCGGAAUAGCUAAGCUGGCGCUCGAUAGCGAGCCCGUUUCCCACUCCGUCCUGGCGCUAUCUGCCGCCUGUCUGUGCUGCGAUACCAUCUCCCAUGGAAACGCUGAUCCCGAAACUGUCCGUCAAAUCCUAGAUGUGGGCUUGCAGCAUCAUACUUUGGCUCUCGAACAAAUGCGGACCAUGACAUGCCGCCCAAGGGAGUCGGACAUCCAACCUCUGUUGGCCAAUGCGCUGAUGCUCGUACCCUUUGCGCUCGCCUUCCAACACAUUCAACACUGGGUGCUCUUCGCCCAGGGAUCACAGGAUAUCAACCUUCUUACGCCUCGCGACGCGAUCUUGUUACUGAGAGGUAUACGGACAACUAUCGUUGUGUUGAAUUCCAACCGCGCAGAUAGAAGUGAUGAAAGGAGAAAUCCAAAGUCCAAAACACCCUGGGACAUAAACUUUUCAUCACCGAUUACGGAUUCCAGCAACUUCACAACCAUUCCCGAGCGCUCUCACACCAUGUUUCCUGUUCUGGCCGCUACAUUUCACCAGGCUUUAUCGCAACUCCAAUGCAGGAUUGAGAGUGCUCUUGCCACCCAUCAAGCAGACGAGAACACGGCCUCGGCAUUCGACGCUUACAAUAUCCUGAACGAUCUAAUGUCGAGUACUUUCUCGAACUCCGAAAAAAUCGAGAAUUCGUUGGAGUAUGUACCCCAUUUCUCUGUCGCUCCCGGCAGUCUACUGGCGCAGGCGCCGGGUUGGCUACGAAACUUCGUACUCCGACGACCACGACCCACGUCCACGGAGCCACUGGCCAGAUCGUUCUUAGCAUUCUUCUCCCGUGCCUCCAACACCUAUGUCGACCUCCUUCUUCCACUUCUCGAUCCCCGAACAGACAAUGUAGACGAUGAACCCGAGCUCACGACUGCUGAGGUCCUAGCGCUGGACGUAUAUGCCCAUUGGCUGGUGCUUAUGUUUCUGGUGGAGAACGAGGCUUGGUGGGUGGGCGAUUUCCCGGUUGUAGCACUUCAGGGCCUGAUUGCGAGAUAUGGUGACGAGUUCUUGGGCACUUCUUCGAUCCAGGAGCAGUGGUGGCCGGCGAGUAUGCUGGAGGUCGCGACGCGCUUGAAACAGUGGAAGUAG